AUGUCGACUUGGAUUCCUUUUGUGUACGCCCAGGCCAGGAGAAUUUGGGAGUAUGGGCUCCUUGUCUCUGGCAAUCAAAUACUUGUGGAUGCUCUAUUACCGGCUCACAAGGAUAAUGCCGGCGCUGUCUAUAGAGAACCCUUCCAGACACCGCAACGAGGUUCGUCAGGUGCAGGUCAGAAGGAUUACACAUUGCAGGAAUGGCACAAGCAAAAGCUUCUGCAUUUUUCUGAAGCUUGUGAAGCAAAUGAGGCACAUGAGCCUUUCAACCCGGAAGAACAGUCUGAUCGACCGUCGACUCCAGAUGAAAGCUUUAGUGACGAGCAAUAUGACCCCGAUUUUCCGUCGAUAGUACCGAUCUUGAAGAAAAAGACGUUGAACGAGAUUGUGACGGCUAUGAAAGGAAUACUAUGCAGAAGAUGUACUUUCGAGAAUGGUUGGGUAUACACCUUCUCUGUUCCUAACUCCGAGAAAUCUCUCUUCCCUGACACUACAUCCGAUCCCAGCAAACUCCUCGUAAAGAUUGGAAAAACAUCAAGAUAUCCCAACGUGCGAGAGGGUGAGCACCGACGAGACUGCCAGCGGGAGCAUUGGAAAAUACAUCAUACGGAGCCCUUCAAAGAAUAUGAAUGUGUGGAAAGUCUGGCUUUGAAUGAGCUACAGAACAAAAACAUGACCUUUGUCAAGAAGUGUGCGUGCAAUGUGAGACAUAGAGAGUAUUUCGAUGUUGAAGAGGUUGUUGCGUUCGGGAUCCUCGAAUUCUGGUAUGACUGGCUGCAGGAGUAUCGUCCAUAUACCAGCGGAGGAACAUUGAAACCUUUCUGGAGAGAGCGACUGGAUCUGUUCACAGCCGAAAAGUCUGGGUAUUUCAAAUGCAGAGAGUGCAAGUCUAACAAUAAUACAACGGUGAACCCGGAGACAGAAGCUUGCUCAGCGUGCCUGCGAGCAGGAUGGGAAGCAUGGGCCAAGCUGACCAAAUUUGAGUACAACUUCUGGUACAAGAUCAGCAACCUCCGGUACAGGGUCGGCGAAGCUCGCGCGUCUUACUCCUUGGAAACGUCUGCCAAGUGUUUUCUCGGAGUAAUUUGUUUGAGGCUAUUCUUUCUAGUCGGUUGCCGGUGCCAUCAAGUUAUUGCGGCAUGGUUAGACGACGCGGUAUAUGCAAUGUUCUUAACGCUUGGUAUUCUCUUUGACAGCGUCAUCACUCUGGUCUUAUUCUUCUGGCUAUGCUUUGCGAAGGGUCGCAAAGGUCUUACUCAUGUGCAUGAAGAAGUCAAUGCAAGGGCAUCAGGAUCGCCUCGCAGGACCCGCCAGAUUAGUGAAGUCGAAUCGAAGCCACCCCGAGAUUCAUCAGUAACCCCACCACAGCCUCCUGGGGUGAAAGUCAUUGAUCGACCGUCAAUCACUGUUACGAAAAUAUUUGAGAACAAAGCAUCUCCAACCCCUUCAACACUCUCCGGAGACACUGAGGUCGAAACGGAGUCACCCGGAUUCCCAAAGCCUCCCAAAGCGACACGUUCACACAAAAGACUAAACAACAAAAAGUCAACAAAGAUAUUGGGUGGCCGUCUCGAAAUUGGGAAUGGUGAGCCAGGCAUGCCACGUACGCAGCCCCGAUCGAGAACCCGUGCGGCUGUCGAGAAACGAGUAAAGGCUUCGGCGUCUCUCUGCCCUCUCAAGCCUUGCAAGACUCGCAAGGUUCACAAGACUUCCCAGGUCUAUAAGGCUUACUGA